CAUUCACUUUGCUGCGUCAAUUAGAAGAAACAAAAAUUAGGGACCCAAAAAAAAAACCCCUGAAUACCCAAACAGCGAUAAACCCUUAUCUCUCUCGCUCUCUCUGGACAUUGAAGAUCAACGCUUCUCGAAUUCGACAAGUACUGGGUGUUUAUUCCAUGGAAUUGGAUGUUGGAGAUGGUAAUGUGGAUAGCUCGGUCAGAAUGGAAUUGGGUGCAUCUGAAGAAGGCGUGAUUCAGGAACCAUAUGUUGGUAUGGAGUUUGACUCUGAAGAAGCUGCCAAGAAAUUCUACGAUGAAUAUGCCAAACGUGUAGGAUUUGUAAUGCGCAUUGAUCAGUGCCGUCGUUCAGAGGUUGAUAAGAGAAUCCUUUCGCGGAGGCUUUCGUGUAAUAAGCAGGGUUACUAUGUUAAAUCGAGAGACCGCUUUGGGCCUGCUAGGAAACCAAGAUCAACCACAAGGGAAGGCUGCAAGGCAAUGAUGUUGGUCAAGGUGAAUAAAGCUGGAAAAUGGGCUGUAACAAGAUUUGAAAAGGAACAUACUCAUCCGCUAGUCAUCUCUGGUCAUCCUUCUCAUGAUGCCACGGACACCAAGGAUAGGAGAAUCCAAGAACUCACUAUGGAGUUGGAGCGCCAGGAUCAGUUAUGCGACCUAUAUAGAGAGCAGAUAAUUACAUUUUUGAAAAAAGUUGAGGAACAAACUGAAGUACUGUCAACAAAAAUCCAAGAUGUUGUUAAUAAUGUGAGAGAAUUAGAAACUGAAGUACCCAACGCUCCGCACCACCAUUAGCCUCUGCUCCAAGAGUGAGUAUGCAUGUGCAGCUAAAUUAAAGAAUGAGGAACAAAGAUGGUGCUUUCAUUUCUGUAACACGGCCAGUUUUGAUGGUGGUUUGUCAGGAAAGUUGGCAAGUAUUAAAGUUGACAAAGCAGAUGUUUUGGCUUAAAGUUAUUUUGUGUAGUAGUUAAGGUAGCUGAAGUUGUUAAUGGGAAGAAAAGUGUGGCAUACCAUGCCUCUGUUCCCAUUCCUCGUAAUGGAACAAUCUGCUCUCUUAGAGCUGGCAUCAAAGGCCCUAACACCAUACGUGCUCCUAGAGUUGGCAUCAAAGGCCCUACCAACAGGGCAAGCCACAUGCUCAUUGUGAGUGCCAUUUAACCGGGCAAAAGAACAAACAAUUUAAUAUCUUGGUAUACAUGUAACCAUAUUAGGAAUCUCGUUACAGGAUAAAGUAGCAUUGCAUCUGAACUGUCACUGUCUGCACCUUAAUCUAUUGAAUUUCAGAAGUUGAAUUAUCUAAACAGCUGUUUGAUCUU